AAAAAUAUAUUUUUUCAAAUUCUUCGAAUUCUCAAACUAUACAAACAACACUUCCUCACUCUAUUCAACGUAGAAAUACUACAAGAAUUCGCAAUAUAAAAUGUGGUAUACAAAAGAAUGUAGAAAAUAUUGAUCUAGUGAAUUUGCCUCAAAAACAUAAGCAUAUAAAUAACACUCAAGAAACAUUAGAGACAAUAUUUUUUGAGUAA